AGCAUGUUCCUUCCUGCACAUUCUCAAGAAAAUCUUCAAUCCUCUCUCUCUCUCUCUCUCUCUUCCCAGAAGAAAAAGUUAUGGUCAUUUUCUCAGUCUCACUAGCAGCUCCCACGCCAAAACUCCAAGACAGGACUUUUUCGACGUCUGCCGUAUUAACUUCGUCACAUGAAAAGCGGGAAAGACAGAGUUUAUGGUACAAACAGAAGGAUGAGGGAUUGCAGGAUGCGAAUGUUUUGUGGCAUGAGGAGACGAUGAAACGGAGGUUCCUGCUGUUCUUCUCAGUUUCUUCGGUCUUCUUUCCAACUUCAUUUUCUGCUGCAAAGUCAAAGAGUAAGAACCCAUACGAUGAGAGGCGCUUGCUUGAACUCAAUAAGCGGAUACAGAAGGAAAAUAAUGCACCUGAAGAGUUCCCAAGUUUCAUCAGAGAAGGUUUCGAAGUAAAGGUGGUAACUUCAGAUAAUUACGUUAAGAGGGACUCAGGACUUAUAUAUCGGGAUUUUGAAGUUGGUACAGGUGACUGUCCAAAGGCUGGUCAGCAGGUAACAUUUCACUAUAUUGGCUACAAUGAGUCAGGAAGACGUAUUGAUAGCACCUAUUUACAAGGUUCUCCUGCUAAAAUCCGUAUGGGCACCAAUGGUUUAGUUCCAGGAUUCGAGGAGGGAAUACAAGAUAUGAGACCCGGGGGAAAGAGGAGAAUCAUUAUUCCUCCAGAACUUGGACCACCAGUGGGACCUUCCACGUUUUUUAGCUCAAAACAAUUCGAAGUUUUUGAUGUCGAAUUGCUGGGCAUCAAGGAUUGUGAAAGGAGGACCAUAGGUUUCUACUCCGAUGUGGUGUGCACUUGAAUGGAGGCAUUGUCUGUGCAACCUUGUGGUUUCUUUCUUGAGUCUUCCUACAGAGGGGAUCAGGAAUCGAGCAUGUUAGCCCCUCUGAUCCUUUGUCCUCUCAUCAAGAGUGCUAGCAGAUGAUCCUGCUUCCAUGAACACAAAGAUCGUUGUUAAGGGGAAUUCUACUUUGAUUGUGGGUUGAUCUUGAUUGGACGAGACUAAACUGGACACGACAGCUAACAGCUGUAAUUGCCAAAAUUAUAGUUAAUGGAGAACAUGUUAAAUUGUGUCCC